ACCUAACCUAACCUAAUCUAACCGGUUCAGUCUAACCUUAAAAGCGCGAAGCUGUCGUCGAGGAGUCGUCGGGAUGGACGCACCGAAUUCUCGUUGUUGCUCGACAAUGUAAAUUUUUAAGAUUGUUAUCCGACGUGAAACAACAGAUUUUGCAAUGAAGAAGAGGAAUCAAUUUUGUCAGCAGAAAGACGUUCUCGAACGAAUGAAUUACUUGCAUCAGGCUAGUCACUUAAUAGCGUCGAAGAAUCGAGUCGCGGCAUCUUACUUUGGCAAUAACAUGAUAGCUUGCGGCAAGAAGGCUGUGUUACGCAUGGAGCCAGAUUUGAAGAGAAUCACUUGCAAGUGCUGCCACGGCCCACUCAUACCUGGAGAGACAGCCAGAGUUAGACUAGUGUCGAAGCCAAUAAAGGGCGUCAAAUGGACGUGUUUAACUUGCAUGAAUGCCAAGAUGUACCCUACGAGGAAGGGAUACAAAUUGUGGCUGGAGCAGCCGGAAUCAGUGGUCGAGACGUUAGAUUUUACACCGAAAUCGAAGAGUGAAAGCUCUCAGAAUCCUGGAGGCACUCGCAGGAGAGUGAAAGAACAAACUGAAAGUCAUCCUAAAGAUCCCGCAAAUUUGAUCCGCUUCAAAAACACCGAUCCGAGCGCGAGCGGAGAGAGCCAGUCGGUCCCGAGCAAAUCCACCUCGCAGAACUAGCUGACGAUCUGGUGUACGAAUAUUUUUUAUUAAUGACUUACAUAAAAUAUGUUACAAUAUUAUAAUAAAUUUGUAAUUAAUAAAACAGAUACUUUUGCUAACUGGAAUAUUCAUAACCAUCUAGUAAUAUCAUAUAUGAUACCGAUAAUAGUUUUACAUUAAAUGUUCUUAGAAAUAACUCGAUCGUAAGUUAAGUUACUGCUGUUGUCGAGUAGCUGCGAUACGUUUUUUUUUUAUAGUUUUACGGAAAGUGGCAUCCGCAGGGAAUUCCCGAAGGUCACGGUUCUCGUGUUCUCAGCCGAGGACGGUUUGUGAAGUCGCUACUAAAGUGCAAAGUCGGCACGGUUCUUCGGAGGCGAGAUCGUUUCGCCGCGAUGACACUGGAAUUCGCUGCGAGCGUCAUUACUUCAUCUAACUAUGAUAUGACUAUGUCCGCCCACCGCCAGCGACUCGUGCAAAAUCAACUACGAGUUAAAUCAUCGCACUCAUACUUGGGCGCAAUCAAAUCACAGUUUAAUCGGGAAAAGGAUAGAAAAGUAUCAGUCGUUUUUAAAACGUAACUCUACCUUAAAAAUAAGAUACGCUAGGACGAAAAUAACGGUACUUGGAAAACUAUACGCGCUAUCCUGAUUACGAACCUCCCGUUGUGCGCGCAGCAACGACGGCGCGAUCGUCUCGCGGCCGUUCACCGGAUACAACAACCGCAUCGCGCGGAUGCCGGAGACAGUGGCAGUGAUCGUUAUACAUCCGUGCGAGACACAUAGCUCGCACGUAGCUCGCACGUAGCUCGGAGAACGCAUAAAUACUAAACUAACGGAGGAAAGUAAUGCGAAAACUCUGGGCUGGACGGAAUCUACACAUUCACUUAUAUACAUAUAUCUGUCGUGCCAAGCUUCGGUCGUGUCGAGUUAUCUCGCAUUAUCUAUUUCGCCUAGCUUUAUAUUCCUCGCUCUUUCGUCUCUCUUUUGCCCCUUCUCUCUUUUGAUUCUUCUAAAAAGUAGCUCUAACGAUAAGGUCAAACGGGACCCCAGGUUGGCAACGCACACAUAUAUACAUGCACACACCAGCUACAGGGAUUAAUUACUCCAGUAAUAUUGACUGUUGUCGUUCGUCGUCACUCUUCAUCGUUCCUUUCGCAAGCUCUCGCGGAGGAGUCUCGGCUGAAGAAAAAAUGGCCAAAGGUCACGCGGGUGAGAGAGGGCGGAUCUCGCGAAUGUCUCGUAUCUCGUGUUCGUGUCGUGUUCGUGGGUCUCGCUCUUCUCGUACACGCGUCUACUCGCAGGACAAACCCGACCAAUAUUUAACUCGGUUAUUGUCAAAGAGGUGUGUGCAUACGAGUCGCCCGAAGUACGCUCCGAAGAGGCGCGUGCAAUGAAAAAGAGCCGCGGACAAAGAGGUACAACGUACGGCGACGGAGCUUAUUUAGAGAUAGAAAGGGGG